UCUUACCUCCCCUGCUCUGAGGACACUGAGUGACUGACUGACUGACUGACUGACUGACUGUCCAGAGCAUCGCCCUUCGACUCUCCUCCACCCCGAGAAGAUCCGAAGAAGAUCUUCGGCGCGUCCCACCCGGCGGAGAAGGUCCAAGUUUCCACCAUCCAUCCCACAGACAGAGAGAAGAUCGCUCCCUCCGUCCCAGCCAGUGACUCGCUCGGUGACUGAAGAAGAUGUCCACGGGCUCCAUGAGCGACGCCGAGGACGUCUUCCACGAAGCCGACCUCCUGGAGGACAUCUUAAAGUUGGGCUCCGCCACCAAGGACUCGGGGGGCACGUCCACGGAGAGCACGGAGGAGAGCUCGAGCUGCGACGCGCUGCUGCUGGCGCGCAGGAAGGAGAAGAGCCCCUCGGAGAGGAGAAGGAAGCCCCCGUCCAGAAAGAGCUCCCCCGCGCACGAGGGCGGCAAGCAGGUCCAGAGGAACGCGGCGAACGCGCGCGAGCGAGCGCGGAUGCGCGUUCUCAGCAAGGCCUUCUCCAGGCUGAAGACCACCCUGCCGUGGGUGCCGCCCGACACGAAGCUCUCCAAGCUGGACACGCUGCGCUUGGCGUCCAGCUACAUCGCGCACCUCAGGCAGAUCCUGGCCAACGACAAGUAUGAGAACGGCUACCUGCACCCGGUGAACCUGACUUGGCCCUUCAUGGUGGCGGGGAAGCCGGACUCGGAGCUCAAAGACGUGCUGAACGCGGCCCGCCUGUGCGGCACCACAGCCUCCUGAGGCCCUGGAGGAGGGCCCCCUGCAGGGAGAUGCCUUCAUCUUCAUCCGGCCCAGAGGAACCAUCUUCAUCUUCACCGUGUCCCGAGGAAUCGCCUUGGCCUCGGUCAUGACCGUCACGAUGAGAGGAGACAUCUCCAUCAGGUCCAGAGGCGCCGCCUUCGUCCUCAAGACGUCCCGAGGAGACGUCGUCGUCUCCGCCUUCAUCUCCCUCGUCUUCGAAGGAGACGCCUUCAUCUUCAUCGCGUGCGCAACAGACGCGGGCGGAGUGGCCGAGGAGCGAAAUCCCUCCCCGAGUUGCUCCAUCCAAACCUCCCCACGCGGCCUUGCGGGUUCAAGGGCCCGGCGUGCCUUCUUGUCGUCACGGCGACACGUAAAAGCUUCUUGGAAAAGAGCGACUUUAUGCAGCUGCAGGCGUUUUGCAGAUGACGUCGACGGUCGGCGCUGUAAAUAGGGGCUCGAGCAAAAUGUACAGUGCAGUUUUAUAUAGAAAUUAUGUAAAUAAAAUAUA